CCGAGGGCUGGCAUCCUGCAGGAGGAAAAAAGAACAGCUUUACAUGUUUCCUCCAUACUGACUGCUGUCUCCUAAUUCUGAAGGAUUUUAAUUUAUUUUUUAACACAAGAAGGCAUAUUGUCCACGUCCAGCCGCAUGGUCAAAGUGUAAUGUCUGAGAACGCCUUUUAUGAUUUAUCGAGAUGAUAUGAAUGUCACUCGGUCAAGAUCCCGAUGCAACAGCCCCAGCUGGAUUGUCUUGCUCCUUGUGGGAAACAUCUGCCGCCAGCAUUUGGAUUAAUUUCUAAUUAAUAUAUUAUUUUUUAAUUAAUAUUGUCCUGUGAGAGGAUCGAGAUUGUCGGUGCAGCGUGGGAGCCUCAGUGUGGGAAUGACAUGCUGCAGUAAAGACUGGAAAUACAAAUGGACAUGAAAACACAACGAUGAUGUGACUGCGAACUACGAAAAGAAGAUGCUUUACAAUCAUCACCUUGUGCUGACAUCUUUAAUAUUACACAUUGAGUCGUUUCGGGUAUUUCUUCCUCAGUGGACUGUGUCACAUUGACUGGGUAAUAUUUGUAAGAGCUAUCAGGUUAUUAUCUGAAUCGUUUUACAGUAUAACAGCUGGCAUCAACCUAAAGAAGGACUGAGAUCUGAAGAGAGGGCACCAUGUCGGCGGUGAUGAUCACACGUAAGGUGCGAAAAUGGGAGAAGCUGCCGGGGAAAAACACUUUCUGCUGCGACGGCAGGGUGAUGAUGGCCCGGCAGAAGGGAGUCUUCUACCUGACCCUCUUCCUCAUUGUCGGGACCUGCUCCCUCUUCUUCGCCUUUGAAUGUCCGUACCUGGCCGUCCAUCUGUCUCCUUCCGUCCCAGUUUUCGCCAUCGUGCUCUUCUUCUUCGUCAUCGCCAUGUUGCUGAGGACGAGCUUCAGCGACCCCGGGGUGCUGCCACGAGCUCUGCCAGAGGAAGCCACAUUCAUUGAGAUGGAGAUUGAGGCUGCUAAUGGGAACGUCCCCGCGGGGCAGCGACCCCCCCCUCGAAUCCGCAACGUUCAGAUCAACAACCAGAUCGUGAAGCUCAAGUACUGCUACACCUGCAAGAUCUUCAGACCUCCUCGGGCUUCUCACUGCAGCAUCUGUGACAACUGCGUCGACCGUUUUGAUCACCACUGUCCAUGGGUAGGCAACUGUGUGGGCAAGAGGAACUACCGAUACUUCUACAUGUUCACCCUGUCGCUCUCCCUGCUCACCAUUUACAUCUUCACCUUCGACAUCGUCCACGUGGUGAUGCGUUCAGUGGAUAAAGGCUUUUUGAACACUUUGAAGGAAACACCUGGAACGGUGCUGGAGGUGUUGGUGUGUUUCUUCACCCUGUGGUCGGUGGUGGGACUGACCGGCUUCCACACCUACCUGAUCUCCCUCAACCAGACCACCAACGAGGAUAUUAAAGGAUCCUGGUCGGGUAAGAACCGAGUCCAGAACCCGUACAGCCACAAGAACUGCUUCAAGAACUGCUUCGAGGUUCUCUGCGGGCCGACGUUCCCGAGCGUGUUGGACAGGAGAGGACUGAUGCAGGAGGAUUCAUGUGUUUCUGCUGCGUCUGCUGCACCCCCCCCCUCCAGCAGCAACCCAGUGUCACAAACCACGAAAACCACGGCUCCUCUCAUCCGCAACGAACACACACCUGAUGAGGCCAAGCCGAGCAUCGCCGCCCACGAGGAGAAGAGCUCCUCCCCCAGAGAGGAGAAGAGCUCCUACCCCAGAGAGGAGAAGAGCUCCUACCCCAGAGAGGAGAAGAGCUCCUCCCCCAGAGAGGAGAAGAGCUCCUACCCCAGAGAGGAGAAGAGCUCCUACCCCAGAGAGGAGAAGAGCUCCUCCCCCAGAGAGGAGAAGAGCUCCUCCCCCAGAGAGGAGAAGAGCUCCUCCCCCAGAGAGGAGAAGAGCUCCUCCCCCAGAGAGGAGACUCCGAAGGUCCCGCCCCUGGCUUCACCCGAGCCUGACGCAGAGGUGUCCGUCAGCAAGGGCCCGGCCCAUUAGCUGCAUGAGGGGGGGGGGGGCUCUGAUCCUGGCUGGUCAGGAAGUGAAACAUUAUCGACGUGUGAUGACUGUGCGGGGGACUCAGUUAUCCUCCGACGCCCGCCCCACAUUCCUCCAGGAGAGCAGGGUUUCUGCAGCAGCUCCUCCUCUCCCCCCCCCCUCUCCUCACCCGCAGAUUGACAGUGCAGGAGGGGCAUCGAUUUAAUGUAAAGUCAGCAGCUUCCUCUGUCUCCUGCACACUGCAUGGAAAAGACACGCAGGGGGAGAAGCUGCAGGACGAACUGCAGAGAGAAAUAAAAAAACUCUCCGAGCGUUUGACGUCCCAGCAGGCCACCUGUGGGAUUAUCACUACUGCUUCUGUUCUUUAUUUAAAAUAUUGCGUAAUGACAUUUAUUGUGAGAGGCCAGUUCAAAUAUAUUCCUUGCAAGUGUCUGGCAACGACGAUAUUACUUCUGGACAUGUAUAAAACUCCAUUUAUCUGUUGUGUGCACAUUACAUGCCCUAUGCAAACAUACAGAGGCUGGACGUGCAGCUUUUUGAAGAGAAGGGUUAACGGCAGGAGUCCAGGAGGACGAUCCUUAGCUGACAGAUUAAAGGCUCCUUCCAGGCAAGUCCAAUCUACCUUGUUUUAUGAUACUGCUGCAUUCAGUACUGUUAUAACUUACAUGCAUUACUUUUUUUUAAGAGAUCCAGACCAACGCCUGUCCUUCCAUUUUUAUAAAUCCAGGAUGUAGUGUGACAUCGGUGCUCUGAAGUUGCUUAACGUGAAGUCUUUUAUCCAGGAGACGCUCAGUCCCACUGUGUGAGAGGAAAGGUCUGACUUCUGAUGAUAGUAGACACUAGUAGUAACAGUGCCUUAUCAUAACAGACGCACCAACAAGUGCAACUGAAGUCGACCAACAGAUAGAUCCGUUCAUGCCACUGAUAGACAAAUGCCAACGUUUAUUCUUCAAAGUGUUCAGUGGUUCCCAACCUGGAGGGUAAGAAAAAUGGGGUCAUAACAUGAGGAAUGAGUGGGAUUAAGGUAUCAUUUGACUAUUUGGGAAGUAGUUUAUUCACUUUCCUGAAGAGUUGGAUGAAAAGAUUGAUAUCACUACAACAUAUGUACAGUAAAUAUGAAGCGACAGCUAAUAGACAGUUAGCUUAGCUUAGCAAAAAGACUGGAAACAAAGGGAAACAGCUAGCCUGACUCUGUCUAAAGGUAGAAUAUCAAAUUUAACACAAAGGUCCACAAUUUACACAAAUGUUUAUUAGGAUAAAAUAAUGACGCGAUGAUAUUUUGAACAGACCGUAAAUGAAGUACAUUUUCUUAAAGGGUUUUUAGCUGGAAAAUCACAAAAAUAAAUCGUAGAAGGAAAAUAAGCGCUCUGUUUGAACUGCUGGUUGACUUAUGGACAUGCUAAAAAGGUUGGGAACCACUGAAUUAGACAUUGUAAAGCAAAAACGUAGUGAAGCCGUGUUGAAUUGUACAUAUUUCUGCAAGGUAAAGAUGUCAGCUGAUUGGAUAGGAGGAGAGACUAAAGCAAGGUUGUUGUUUUUUUAGCAUUUAAGUGCAGCCGGUGUUAUUCCCGCUGCCUUUGAGCUCCAGCGCCUCCUCCUGCUGAUCUUCCUCCUCCUCCUCCUCCUCCUCUCUCUUCCUGUUACUACAUAUUUAACACUUCUCCUUCUCCUCGCCUCCUUGUUGUGACAGUGCACCUAAAGCCGAGGUCUCCACUGCAGCCGUCUGUGGCCGCAUCAUUAAAGCAUAAAGAGCCGAGGCAAAGACGUCCUUUCUCUUCACACUUCUGUGUAUUUCAGACUUCAAAAUGGCUGCAGAGUUUAUUUGUUUUGGUCACAGGUCGCUCGAGGGGACAGCAUCCACACCGAGGAAAGAGAAAGAGUUAUUCUUAGUAUUUAAAUGAUGUUAGCUGAUAGCGAGGGUUUGUAAUAGUUAUUGUGUUGUAUGCAAGACAGAGCUAGUGUUUGUGAAAUUUACCUGUGUAGAAGUUCUAGUUUGUCAACAGCAUUGUAUCAGAAAUAUGCCUGAGAUUAUUUAUUACUAAGUCACAGUUUCUCCUGAAGAUCAAAACAUCUGCCAAACAAAGAGUGGAAACGUUUGAUUAUUUAUAUUGUACCGUAAUAAUGGAGCAGUUUAGACACUUUGGAUGAUAAAGAUUCAUCUUGGCCAAUAUUCUUCAUUCUUGUUUAAAAUCUGUGGAUGAGUUUCUUGAUUAUCGGCUAACCCUUUGUCAAAAAAAUAUUUGGUUGACAUAUUGAAGUAUUUAAUUUUGUCCAACCAGCUAUUCAGAAACCCUUCGAAAAUCAAUGAACUUUCAGAAAAUAUUUAUAUUUUAAAAAGCUGGAACUUGCACAAUUUCAGCAAAAAAAUGUGUGCAAUUAAUUUCCUGUCGAUAUAUUGACUAACAGUUUUAGCUCCACAUUAAUCUCUACAUUAGGAUGAAAAAAGGAGAGAUGACAGACUCACCCCCGCUGGAAGAAGCUGUAAAGUGUGUGACAGUAUUGUUUCUGUGAAGUAUAUAAAAAAAAACAGCUGAGUAUUUGUUGGGAAAACUUUUUAAUAAGAAGGUUUGAGACUAGUUUUUAAAGCUGAAUUUAGCGGCUGAUCUUUCUUUGUGGAAAGUAUUUGAAGACAGUUUGGUGUAUUUGAUUGAUUUGCUGUCACCGAGAAGCAAGAAUGUAUGUGAUUGAUAUUCGAUGAAAGAAGAGACGGGAGACUUUAAAAGGGACGGAUGAAGUAUGAUUUUUUGGCUCAAGCUGAGCUCCUGUACGUAUGAUUCUUGUGUUAAAAUGCCAUGACGGUCAGAUCUGAAUGCUCUGAUCAAUCUAUUACAUGAUGUAUACAGAAACAGUAAUAUACCAUCGAUGAUACUCUUUAUUUAUGUUCACUUUGUUAAGUAUCAGCACUGUGACUAUUAUGUGUUUCAUUCAAUUUAAUUCACUUCUUUUUACAUGAUCAAUGUGUCUGGUAAAUAAACAAUAUUGUCUUAUU